CUCUACUGAUCCAUUGUGGGAAAGUUUUAGAAAUCCAACUGAUACUUUGUUGCCAAAUCAAAAACUGGAAAGAGGAAGCUUCCUUGUUUCUCAAAGAUCAGAAGCUGAUUUCACUCAAGGUAGGUUCUAUCUUCGGAUGCUUGAUAAUGGGAAUUUGGUGCUUGUUACACAAAGCGUGCCUUCCAAUUCAGAUUAUGAUGAUGAGUACUAUAACAGUGGAACUUUUGACACAACAGAUGCAACAAAUUCUGGGGAUAAGUUGGUUUUUGAAGAGAAUGGCAUGAUGUACUUAUUGAAGCGAAACAAUCAAAGGCAAAUUCUUACUCGCCUCUCCAUUCCUUCGGCUUCGCAAAAUUACCAUCGUGUGACUCUUAACUUUGAUGGAGUUCUUAGUCAUUAUUAUCAUUCAAGGAUUUCUAAUAGCAGUGGCUGGAAUAUUCUGUGGUCUCAACCGAAUAAUAUAUGCAUUGAAAUUAAUGGAGCAAACGGACGCGGGGCAUGUGGUUACAACAGUGUAUGCAAUCUUGGUACAAACGAUAGACCAGUUUGUAACUGUCCACCAGGAUAUUCACUGGUUGAUCUGAACGAUGCUUAUGGCGACUGCAAACCAGAUUUUUCUAUAAGUUGUGAUGAAGUUGGAAGGGGUUCACCUGAAGAUUUUUACAGUAUUAUCACGAUUCGUGAUACUAAUUGGCCAUUAUCUGACCUUGAGAAAAUUAUCCCUUCUACUGAACAAGACUGCCAAAAUGCUUGUUUUCAUGAUUGUUUUUGUGCUGUUGCCAUUUAUUAG